AUGACCACAAUAAAUCAAUCACCACAAUUAUAUUCAAAUUCAUCAUUAGCUCCAGUUCCACCUCAACGUGUACCUCAAGGUAUGUUUCCCAAUGGAUUCAUGUCACCAAUGCCAUUACCUCCUCCUUUACUUGAUCAAUUGGGUCCCCCACCUCCUGGAUUUCAACAAGGUCCUCAACCACCUGGAAUGUCAAAUAAUGGAUCAGCACCACCUCAACAUCAUCAACAAAAUAUUCCACCUCAAUUUUUAAAUAAUCCUAAUGCUAGAUNACCACCUGGAAUGUCAAAUAAUGGAUCAGCACCACCUCAACAUCAUCAACAAAAUAUUCCACCUCAAUUUUUAAAUAAUCCUAAUGCUAGAUUUAUUCCACCUCAAUACUUACAAAUGAGAGGGUUAGGUAAUCAACAACAACCACCACCAAUGCCCUCUCAACAUCAUCAACAACAUCAGCAAGGUAAUCCAAAUAUAAAUCAAGAAUCUAGAUAA